AUGUAUCAGGUGGAAUACAUUUACUAUCCUGUUCUUGCAGUUGUCGGCAUCUCCGGAAUGGGACUUUUAGAUGCACAGCAAUGCACCUACUUCCAAAAUUCUAUUUGUCAUUGCAAAGGUUACUUCUGUGUGGAGAGGAAAUGGAGAGGAUGUGAGACGUGCAGAAAGCACAGCCUGGGUCCUGUAGGUGAAGGAGUUAAAAAGAAAGGAACAAUCUGGGAAGACUAUGUGUAUGAAACGUGUCCUCAUGGAACAUAUUCAGAUAAUGUUUCUACUGAAGAGUGUAAACCAUGGACUAAAUGCAAAGAAUUGAACAAACUUGUGGUUAGACCAGGAAAUGCUUCCAUGGAUGCAGAGUGCAAAGAGAAGAUAAACAUAGCACAUAUAUUGCUUAUUGUAAUACCUGUAAUGACUGUAGCGAUUGGUGGUGUCCUUGGAAUUUUGUACUGGAAGAGACGAGCUGUGAGAAAGCAUACAGACGGGUGUUGGACUCACACGGAUGCCGACCAGGCCAGAAAAUACUGUCAUCCAAGUGACACACAAUGUCCAACUUCAGGCCCCUCAGUCCCUCCCCCAACAGCGAGUGAUCCUCUUAUGGCAGCGUCAGGAACUGAAGCAAAUGAUGUUGACAAAACACGAUUAGGAAACAAUCAGAAAGAGGAAAAUGUGAAUUUGUCGAUACAAAUCUCUAAUGAACGUCAUGAUUCAGGAAUUGGUAGUUCAGAUACCAGUCAUAGGACUAACUUAGAAAAUAUUGAAGAAGGAGCAGCAAACACCUGAACUACAAGAUCACUCAUGGAGUGGGUUGGAAGUGCUUGGAUUGACGUUUGUGGAGCGUCAGACAUUCUCAGGGCAUUUGAAAUGAAAUGUGUGCAGAUCUUUCGUCGAUGGGCAGCCGGAGGAGCAGACGCCAGGGCAGAUACAAGGAAAGGUGAUGGAAACCAACUCACUGGACUCAUUUAAAAGGCAGUUUGAGGUACUGAUGGGCUUUGAAGGAGG